UUCUUUGAGUCUGUCUUUGUGGAGGAGGAGGAAGAAACCGCUAUUACUUUUUUUUUUUUUUUUUUUUUUUUGCUCGCACAGGCGGAGAGGGAGCGGGGAGAGGAGCGGGGAGAGGGGAGGGUUAGGAGAGAGAGGUAGUAGCAGCAUCCACGGGAGGAGGGGAGGAGGAGGAGGUGCUCUCCGCUUCAGACCCAACUGCGAGGCUAGCCGGUUAAACCUCUCCCUCUUUGCCUUCUCUCUUCCAGCGGCGCAGAAAAUUCAACUUUCUGAACGGCUGCUCCUGCGACACGAGUUGCGUCUGAAGGUAGAGCAUCUUCAGCACGCCAGAGACAUGAACUGAGGAAGAGGAUAAGGAGGAGAGCUCUCGUUUCUUUUUGAAGACAUCUUGAGAUCUGCAGUGGAACAAAAAAAAAAAGAAAUCAUGAGGUCGCAGAAGAGAACAGGAUUGGUUGUCGUGCUGGGCUUGGUCACCUUUAUUUGUGCCUUUCAUACAACUACAGCUAUUGAUAUCCCACUGGAAGUUUUAGGUCAUGUAAACAUUGAGCAGCUGCCCACCAUCACCGCUCAGUCGCCCGGCUCUCUCAUCGCCUUCCCUUUCGACGAGAGCUUCCCCAUGACGUGCGAAGCCAAAGGGAAUCCCGAGCCAGAAUUCAGGUGGACAAAGAAUGGCCUGGAUUUCGACCCCUUCCUAGACCCCCGGCUGGUGAAAGAGGAGAAUUCUGGGACCUUUGUGAUACCCAAUAAUGGGAACCUCACUGAGUACCAGGGAACCUAUCGCUGUUAUGCCUCAAACAAACUGGGAACCGCUAUAUCGAAGGAGAUUGAGUUCAUUGUGCCCCAUGUCCCCAAGUUUCCUAAAGAGACGCUUGAUCCUGUUGAAGUGGAGGAAGGUCAGCCUUUUACUUUGAAAUGUGAACCACCUCAAGGAAUACCCCCUCUGCAAAUCUACUGGAUGACUAUCAAUCUGCAGCAUAUAGAGCAGGAUGAGAGGGUGUCUAUGGGCCUAAAUGGAGACCUUUACUUCUCUCAUGCGGAGGAGAAGGACAGCAGGAGAGACUACUGCUGCUUCGCCGCUUUCCCCAGAAUACGAACCAUCGUUCAGAAGACCGCCAUGUCUGUCAUCGUCAAGACGACAAAUGCAAUCAUGGACAGGAAACCCUCUCUUCUGAUGCCCCCUGGUGUCAGAUCAGAGGCAAAGCUGGUCAAAGGAGAGGAUUUGAAAUUGGAGUGUAUUGCUGAAGGAUUUCCAACUCCACAGGUCGAGUGGGUAAAAAUGGGCGAUCAGCUUCCCACAAAAGCAAACAUUGAGAGUCACGGGAAGCUGCUGGUCGUGCCAAGAGUCGAACAGGAUGACAGUGGGAAGUACAUGUGCACAGCAAAGAAUGGACUUGGACAAGUUGUCCAUUACUUCACAGUGACAGUGGAAGAACCUCCAGAGUGGCAGUUUGAGCCCGAGAGUCAGCUCAAUAUGAUCGGCUCACAGGUGCUCAUAAAGUGCUCCGCCAGCGGGAAUCCUCAGCCGACUAUAACGUGGAGGGUGAACGGCAAACCUCUGCACGAGAGCCCUGCAGCUAACAGGAAGGUUCUGGGUGACACCAUCAUUUUACACAACACCAAAGAAUCUGACAGCGCUGUCUAUCAGUGUGAAGCCUCCAACAGACACGGAACCCUCCUGUCCAAUGCAAACAUCAUGAUCAUGGAUCUGCCCCCCAUGAUUUUGACCAGCGAAGGGAAGGAUUACUCUGCUGUCAAGGGGAAGGGAGUGAUUAUGCACUGCAAGGUCUUCAGCUCUCCCCCAUCUACUAUCACUUGGAGCAGGGACGACUCUUCCGAAUCCGUGGAGGGGCCGAGGUUCAGCGUUCACGACAACGGCUCGUUGGAGAUCAACAGCGUGGAGAAAGAAGAUUCGGGACAGUACACGUGUAUCGCCAAAAACACAGAGGGCAGGUCCGCCAUCGACGCCACGCUCUAUGUAAAAGAUCCCACUACAAUAGCCGUGGCCCCUGAGGACCUGCAGAUCUUAAUAGGUACCACGGCCCAGCUCUCAUGCCUGGCGGAGUACGACAAGUCCUUCAGCAACGACUUUGAGCUCCUCUGGGAAAAAGAUGAUAUGGAGAUAACCCUCAACUACACUGAGAAUUCAAGAUACUUUGUGGAGGAUGGUAUCCUUCAGAUCAUCAAUGUGAGCCACAGGGACCAGGGUGUCUACACAUGUGUAGCGAGAACUCCCGUGGACCAAGACCAGGCCUCAGCUUUACUCAUGGUGUUAGAUGUCCCCGAUGCACCUGAGAACUUGGUCCUCUCUGAACGCAAAGGCAAAAGUGUGAAACUGAAAUGGAUCCCGGGGGACGAUCACAACAGCUCAACCACAGAGUUUAUUAUCGAGUACGAGGAAAGCCAGUGGGAACCGGGGAACUGGAAGGAGCUGCUCAGAGUACCAGGAAACCACGCUUCGGCCGUCCUCAAACUCCACGGCCACGUCGACUACCGCUUCCGCGUCUCCGCCGUCAACGCCGUAGGGAAGGGUUCUCCCAGCGAACCCACGGACAGAUACAAAACCCCUUCGUCAGCCCCCGACAAGAACCCUGAAAAUAUCAAAAUCGAAGGUCAUUUGCCAGAUGAAAUGAAUAUCAACUGGGAGCCCUUGUUGCCAAUUGAACACAAUGGCCCCGGCCUGGAGUACAAGGUGAGUUACAGACGGCAAGACAUGGAGGACGACUGGAAGGAACACAUGGUUAAGAGACACUCGUUCAUAGUGAAGAACACGCCCACCUUCGUGCCCUACGAGAUCAAGAUCCAGGCCAAGAACCACCAGGGCUGGGGCCCCGACCCGGAAAUAGUCUCCGGCUACUCUGGAGAAGACUUUCCCUCCGCCGCGCCCAAUAAUGUAACAGUGGAGGUGAUAAACAGCUCUGUGGUCAAGGUUACCUGGAAGCGUGUGCACAAGGACAAGUUACAUGGACAUCUGGGAGGCUACAGGAUAAACUGGUGGCGUCUGCGCAGUCUGACGGAUUCAAAGAAAAGCCACGGAGAGAAACACACUCUGACGUUCCCAGGAGACCGAGACCACGCCGCUGUAGCUGGAAUAACACCGUUCUCCGAGUACAACCUCAUCGUCAUGACCUUCAACGGGCGGGGCAACGGCCCCGGCAGCCAUCCCGUCAACUUCAAAACCCCAGAGGGAGUCCCUGAGAAAAAUCCUGUUUUCAGGGUCACGGAUGUACAGAAGCACACUGUCUCUCUGGUCUGGGCCCCACCGUUGGAGCCUAAUGGGAUUCUCACCGGGUACCUCCUUGAGUAUCAGCUCAUCAAUGACACAGAAGAAGUGGGGCCCGUGCAGACCGUAGACAUCAGCAAUCCCGACACCACCAAGUGGAUCCUGCGCGACUUGGAGCCCUUAAGCAAAUACAAGCUGUACCUGCGCUCCUGCACCACGGUGGGCUGCGGGCCGGUCGUCAGCGAGGAGUGCACCACCACCUUAGAAGGAACUUCCACUUCGGCUCCCACUGUCAGCCUCAGCAAGUCAGCUUCCCCCUCACCUCCAAGCACUCGCAAGCCCCCAGUGACCAAACCCACUCGUUCCUCCAUAGGUUUGGCCAGCAUCCACGGAGGAAUAUCAACCCAGGGCUGGUUUAUCGGCCUGAUGUGCGCCAUCGCUCUCCUCACGCUCAUUGUGUUGAUCGCCUGCUUUGUCAACAGAAAUAAAGGAGGGAAAUAUUCUGUGAAAGAAAAAGAAGACCUUCACCCAGACGUGGAGUCCCAGGGCAUGAAUGACGACACAUUUUGUGAAUACAGCGACAACGACGAGAAGCCACUGAAGGGCAGCCAACGCUCGCUGAGCAGAGAGAUCAAAGCGGGGGACAGCGGGGACAGCCUGGUGGACUACGGAGACGAGGAUGCUCAGUUCAACGAGGACGGCUCCUUUAUCGGCGAGUACGCGGGACGAAAGGAGAAGAGGGUGUCCGCUGAGAUCAAAGCCACCGCUCAGACCCCGGCGUGAGGAGCGGAACAGCCAUCCAAUCCUCCCCCGGACACCGUUUUCAUUUAAACCUGCUGGGAGGAACAAAUGACAGAGGAAACAAGACAUUAUCCAUACCGAGCACAAGUUUUGUGUCAAAUGUAAUGCGUCAUUGCCAACUGCACACUGCCAUCCCUCAUUUUAUAAAGCUCUGUUUUGUCAAGUUGCAACAGAAUGGCCAUUACUAAAUACUGUGUAUAUAUAGUGUAUAUUGUAUGUGCAGAGUGUCUUCUUUUUUAUAAUUAUUAUUACACAAACAAAUUAGAGGGCUUGGUUUUUCUUUUUUUUUUGUUUGUUUGUUUUCUUUUUUGUCCAUUACUUCAGCUGCAGUACUGUUUGUAGGAAAUAUUUCACUCUCCAUUGCACAUCAUUAUAUGCAGCUUUGCCUCUGAUGUCAUCUUGUAUUACACCAC